CUUUCCGCUCACUCUCAGCAUGUGAGGCAGGCGCUUUCUCGGCCUCCUGCUGGCAACACAUAUAUGCCUGUGUAUCCAGGUAUCACCUUCGUUUCCCUCCCCGAUGUAAUGCAUUGUGAUGCGUCUUUUUUUUAUCAGUUCAGAACAUCCCCAGAGCCGCUCCUAAUACCCUCAAGGUCGGGGCUAUGACACGAUCCUUGGCCGGCCCCACACAAAGCGCGUCGGCGAGGAUCGAAUCGAAUUGUUGAGGUCGCCAUCGAGAUCAGAUAAAUCCAACACCCUCCCCGCCCUCUCGUGACUGCUGGCUGCAGCCAUCACCACGCCUUGAACCUGCCUGUCUCCUAAUCCGAGCCAUGGCGACCAUAGCUCAUGGCCAAUACCCUCAGCGCCGGCCCAAUGGCCUGUGGCGCGGGUCUUCUGCCAUGGUCAUGGGCCUCACCGGCACCGUCUCCAAGGGUUUUCUCAACGGCCUCAAUGACAUCCAGACCACCGGGCUUGACAACUUUGUUAAGCUGCUUGAAAGUCGCGAGGACCCUUUCCAGCGACAAAGAGGGCUCAUCACCGUCAGCAACCACAUAUCAGUGUAAGUCAGAAGAGAGCUUGUCCCCAUCUGGGUCUUUAGCCAGGCUGGCUUCGCAAUAUCUCACACGUCUGGACAGAAUCGACGAUCCAGUAAUAUGGGGCGUCCUCCCUCUCCAAAUGGCAUUCCAGCCCUGGAAUCUCCGAUGGAGCCUCGGCGCCCACGACAUCUGCUUCAAGAACAAGCUUUUGAGCACCUUCUUCACCCUCGGCCAGGUUCUCCCCACCCACCGCGCGCUGCACUCGCCGCACGCAGGCCUCUUCCAGCCCACCAUGACCCAGGCCGUGCGCCUGCUGUCGGCGUACCCUUUCAAGACGACAGGCGAGCACACGGCCUUCGCGCCCGAGCAGCCCAAGACCGUCACGAAGCAGUCCCUCCUGCAGGACCUGCGCGACCCCUUCUCCGAGGGCAGCCUGAUCUUCAGCACCGACGGCCGCGACACGCACACCGCGCCCUCGGCCUUCCUGUCCAACCGCCACGCCUGGGUGCACAUCUUCCCCGAGGGCCUGGUCCACCAGCACGCGCAGAGGCAGCUGCGCUACUUCAAGUGGGGUGUCGCCCGGCUCAUCCUCGAGGCGGAGCCCAUGCCCGACAUGGUGCCCAUGUUCAUCGACGGCACCUCGGACAUCAUGAACGAGAACAGGACCUUCCCGCGCGCCGUGCCCCGCCCGGGGAAGAAGGUCCACGUCGCGUUCGGCGACAAGGUCGACAUGGAGUCUACCUUUGGGGACCUGCGCAGGCGCUGGAAGGCCCUGGUCAAGAAGGCCAUGGACGCCAGGGAGGCAGAGAUCGCCGCCGCCGAGAGGCUGGUGGCCGAGGCGGCGGGGAAGAGCACCACGAGCGCCGCCAAGGCCGCCGCGUCAGAGUCCAACUCGGGCAGGACCGGCAUCGUCGCUGCGCUGCCCAAGAGGCCCUCCUCCAUCGCGGUGCCGGACGUCCUCCGCGUGGGCGACCUCCCUGACGAGCUGAAGCACAGCAAGGAGGCGGACCAGAUCAGGGUCGAGGUGGCGCUGCGGGUGCGCAACGAGGUGCUGAAGCUGCGCAGGAGCCUGGGCUACCCUGACGAGGACCCGGCGGGGAAAUUCGGGCUGGCGGAGACUUGGGCGAGAGACCCGAAGCACACCAAGAAGAGUCCUAUCGACGGGAGCACGGAGAAGCCCAGCACAUAGAGAGGGACUAGAUAUACAGCGACGACCAACCCCGUGUAAGAUAUUAGAACAGCCAAAGGCUUUGCCGUUAUGCAGGUUUACUGUUUGUUGUAUGCUUCGGUCACUUUCCGGCCAGCAUAGCGCAAGGUGUUGUCUGGAUAUGAACUUUAAUGGCCUUGUUCGGGACGUGAUGUGCUUGCAUUGGUGGCUGCAACAGAGACAUCACCUUCGAUCCAGUAAAAAUUAUACCACAGAAAGACAACAAAGCACUACUUUUUCCACGUUUGUUUACCCAGCAUUCCGUCUUUCGUCGUCUUGCCACGGUUUGGCACAUCGGACCUCACCGAAGGCUGCUUGCUUCACAGACUGAAGCAGAUGUGACAUCCCGCUGCUCCCCAGUUUGUAAGGCUGUCUUCAUCAAGCCCGGCCCAUUACUUAGCUUGUGACUUCGAUUGGGGAUGACGCAGCUGAUGCUCAUGGGUUCACCACAGAAGUCUGAGGUUUAUAGCCUGGCCACUAUCGCACCUUGGGCCUGGUUGAUCCACAAAGCGUCCAGAUUUUGCCCUGGUUCUGCGGCACCCGAGUUCCCCAGUCUCAGAGCCUGUGGCUUACAAGAGAUAUGUAGCCCAGCCACGCAUAUUCGGCUGCGUUCAUUGCCGUCGCAGAUGGCUAGCUGAGUCGAGGCGUCGAACCGGUGGACAAGACUGCCAAUGAUGGAGGUCCACCUGAGAGUCCUUCUUGCGAAUCUAUAUUGUGGCCGCAUCCUGACUCUUGGAUCCCGAGAUAUGCACUUCUGACUUUGUCAACCGCCCCCUAAUCUUCCCUGGUCAAAUUCGUGGCACAAGAUAAUCUCAGCAUGGC